AUGUAUGUCUUGAUGUCUCUUGCUACAAAUAUUGCAUUUCUUUAUUCUCUCUUCGUCUCUAUCCUCACCGUCAUCUUAACUGUCCGCAGCAGCAGCAGCAGCAGCAAAAGCAGCAGCAGCAGCAGCAGCAGCAGCAGCAGCGGCUUCGUGGAUCCACCCACGUUCUACGAUACUGCUGCAGUACUCGUUGCUGUUUUGCUGCUGGGGAAGCUGCUGCAGUUGAGAGCGAGGAGAAAGGCAUUUGCUGCAGUAGGGAGACUGACAGCAACAAGGCCCCAGACUACUAUUCUCCUUGCAGACGCUGCUGCUGCUGCUGCUGCUGCUGCUGCUGCUGCUGCAGCGGAGGAGAAGGAGGGGACCGCGUCGCGUACAUUUGCUGCAGCAGCAGAAGCAGCAGCAAAAGCAUCAGCUAAAGCACUAGCCUGUAUAUUGACUCCCCCUGAGGAGACGCUUGCUGCUGCAUUAAAGGGACAGUAUCCUGCUGCUGCAGCGCAGCAGCUGCAGCAGCAGCAAGUUGCUGCUAUUGCUUCGCUGCCUUCUCUCCCCAUCCCUGUGGAGUUGCUGCAGAUAGGAGAUGUUGUUAGGGUCCCCUUGGGGGCGGCAGUGCCAGCGGACGGCUUGCAGCUCAACAAGGAGAUCGUGCCUGUAAACGAGUCGCUGCUAACAGGAGAGAGUAAUGCUGUCUCCAAAGGCCCAGGGGAGACAGUGUUUGGCGGGUCUCUCGUUGUUGCAGCAACAGCAACAGCAGCAGCAGCAGCAGCAGCAGGAAGGAACAGCCCUGCAUAUUUAGCUGGGCGUCAAGACACAGGGGGCUCAUCCGAAGCAGCAACAGAUGCUGCUGCUGCUGCUGAGGAAGGGGGAGCGCUGCUGCUGCAGGUGAUGGAGAUAGGUAGCUGCUCCGCCUUAGGGCAGGUGCAGCAGUUAGUGCUGCACUCAGAGAGCAGCAAACCCUCUACCCAACAACUCUUCGAUAGAGUUGCAGCUUGGUUUGUGCCUGGCGUGCUGCUUCUUGCUGCUGCUACUUUCUUCGUUUGGGUGUAUCUGCUGUUUGCUGGGAUCGUCUCCCCGAUCCCGCUGCUGCACCUGCCUCCUGCAGUGAUAGAGAGACACCCCACAACUUCGCGUCUUCUGCUGUCUCUUCAGUUUGCUGUCUCUGUUCUCUCUAUUGCUUGCCCCUGCGCUCUAAGGGCAUUUGUAGUCGAUCGGGCAGCCAUAGCCCUGGGGGCAGUGCAGCGGCUGCCGAAGGAAGCGCUGCAGCUGCUGCACUCCCUGCAGCAGCAGCAGCAACAGCAGCAACAGCAGCAGCAGCAGCAGCAGUGGGAGAACAAACCGAAGCAAGAAUACACACAAGAAAGAGGGCUGCCGCCCCUGGCCAUCGAUUGGAUGCCUGUCUCUUAUAACGACGCUCUGCAGCAGGCGUCCCCAGAACAGCAGCAGCAGCAGCAGCAGCAGCAGCAGGAACAGCAGCAUGAACAGCAGCAGCAGCAGCAACAGGAGCAGCAGGACAUGGAAGAUGCUGCCUUUUUCUGGUGGCUGUUGGGCGUUGCGGAGAUAAACAGCGAACACAAACUGGGGAAGGCUCUCGUUGCUGCUGCCUCUCAACUAGAAGGCGUUCCACCCCUACGGGCCCCCGACAGCUUCACGAGUAUCCCUGGGCGUGGCUUGCGGUGCUGCAUUGACUCUGUAGAGGUGAUGGUAUAUGCUGCAGGAGCAGCACAGCAGCAGCAGCAGCAGCAGCAGCAGCAAGGUGCAUGCAGGGGAGAGUGGGCCGCCAAGUAUCAGAGCGAGGGGCGCACAGUCGUCGUGUUGCAGGCAGCAGGAGUUAUAUUAGGCUGCGUUGCUCUAACUGAUGCUCUUCACCCCGAGGCGCCUGCUGUUGUUGCUGCGCUGCAGCAGCGCGGCAUAGAUGUGUGGCUAUGCACAGGAGACUCUGCUGCUGCUGCUGCUGCAGCAGCAGCAGCAGCAGGCAUUCCACAGGACAGAGUCCUCGCUGAGGUUCUCCCCAAACAAAAGGCAGCCGUCAUCGCUCAGCUGCAGCAGCAGCAACAAGGCUCUGUUGCUAUGGUCGGAGACGGUAUUAACGAUACACCCGCCUUUGCCUGUGCAGAUGUCUCCUUCUCAUUUGGUGCUGCAGCUGCUUUAGCAGCAAACGCAGCUUCUGUUGUAAUUGCAAACAAUGAAUACUUCCGCCCCAAGACCUUCCCAAUAGAUUCAAACCCUCAGCUAGCAGCAGCAGCAGCAGAUGUCUCCUCGCUGCAGCUGCUGAGGAGACAUCUCGCAUUUCUGCUGCGGGGGCCCCGGCGCUCUCGUUCACGCAGAGUAGAAGCAGCAGAGCUGCUGGCUGCUGGAUCUCUUCUUACCUGUCCCCUAAUAGAGGAGACACAAGUAUGA